ACCACUACCCAUACAGAGGGUAACUUCACUCUCUGUAUUGCUUGACUUGAGGAUGUCUUCAUGUUUUCAGAGAUCUUUUCAUCUCCACGUGUUGUGGUUUAACCCCAAUCAGUAACUAAGUACUAUGGAGCCACUUGCUCAGUCCCCCCUGUACCCAGUGGUGGGAAUGGAGAGAGGAACUGGAAAAAGGUAAAACCGAUGGGUUGAGAUAAGCACACUUGAAUAAUUAAAAUAAAAAUAUAUAUACAACAAUAGCAGUAAUAAUAGUAAAAAUAAAUAACAUCUCUAAUGAAAAGUGAAAAGAGAGAGAGAGAAAUACACCCUAAGAAAGACAUGUGAUGCACAAUACAGCUGCUCACCACCCAGUAACCGAUGCCCAGCCGGUCCUGGAGCAGCAGUCAGCAGGCUGCAGCCAACUUCCCCCAGUUUAUAUACUGAGCAUGACGCCCCAUGGUAUGGAAUAUCCCUGUGGCUAGUUUGGAUCAGCUGGCCUGGCCCUACUUGUGUACCUGCUCACAGGGAAAGCACGGGAAACUUGAAAUGUCCUUGAUUUAGAUGCAGCACUACUUGGCAACAAGUAAAACAGCAGUGCAUUAUUAUAAUUUUUUUUUCAUACUAAAUAGGAAACACAGCUACAAGGAAGAAAAUUAACUCUAACCCAGCCAAAACCAGGACAAAGAAACGAUACUAGCAGAGAUGAAGUUUGGAAAAGACUGUGAAAUGGGUGCAGGAAAUGAAAGUUUUGAUUCAGUUACUCAAAGUGUCUGGUAACUUUGAGAUGACCUUCAGCUUUUAUGAGCUUGUGGGUGGUUCUGUCCUAUAGCUACUAGUCUCACACUCCUUAAUACCUUGAAACUGGUACCAGCUGCCCACAUUUAGGCAAAUGAAUCCCCUCUUCAGCUGCCAGGUGAUGUCCUAUCUGUUUCUCUCCUUCAGCUUCUCCUACCAGUUGGUGACAAGCAAAGAUUCCCCAUCUCAGCUGGUGACUGGGCCACAUUUUCUGUCUGAACAAACUGACCGUGCCCUCUUGUGGCAAAGCAAACCAACAGUGUCCUGAGCUGCAUCAGGAAGCACAUUGCCAGCAGGCUGAAAGAGGUGAUCCUUCUCCUCUACUCACUACCUGAGUGUGGUGAAGCCACACUGGAGUGCUGUGUCCAGUUCUGGGCUCCCCAGUACAAGAAAGAUAGGGGAAUCCUGAAAAGGCCCAUGCAGAUGAUUGAGGGACUGGUGCAUCUUUCACCCAAGGAAAGGCUGAGAUCACUGAGAGACUCCUAACCUGGACAGUAGACAGCUCAGGAGGGAGCUUACCAAUAUGUAUAAGUAUGUGAUGAAUAUACAUGGUGGUGUCCAGUGACAGGACAGGAGACACAAAAUGAAACACAUGAAAUUCCAUCUGAAUGCAAAACAACACUUUUUUUACUGCCAGGGUGAUCAGACACAGAAACAGGUCACCCAGAGAGGUUGUGGAGUCUCUGUCCUUCAAGAUGUUCAAAACCCAGUUGGAUGUGGUCCUGGGCAACCAGCUCUGGCUGGGGAGACUGGACUUGGUGACCUCCAGAGGCUCCUGCCAACAUCAGCUACUCUGUGACUCUGCAUUACCCAACACCCAUCCCUAAACGAGCAAGUCAGCUGCGUAUUUUAUCCUUUGGGAAGAUACUAUGGGCUGGCACAAGAGAUGCUUGAUUGUUCCAGUGGGUUUGGAAAGGUGAAAACGGAAAGGUGAGAAAAGGAAUCAGUGAUUUUAAUGAAGUGUAUCCACCGCUCCAGGACUCUCAUCAUUUCAGGAGCUGCUGAGUUUGCAGGAGUUUGACAAGGAGAGCCUCCCCUCUCUUGUCAUUUCAAUGGCCCUCUCUCACAGCUCUCCUCCACUUGCUGCCAUUGGCUAUGUCCUCUGCAGACCUGCUGCCGGUCCCUACCCUCUCCACAGACCCCAGUUAUCAUUUCUAUUAUGAAGGGGAACAUCUUGCUAUCAUAUGCUCGGCUGCAACACAAAGGAAAAUAGGCGGAUUUCGGUUCUUCAAUCAAAGCGGGGAGCAAAUCGACCUAAGAGCACCAUACCCCCUCCCGUUUGCCUGGCUCCAGCUCAAGGCUUCAACAGCAUCAGCUGGGACAUACACGUGCAUGUACUUUGUGGAGGACUCUGGGCAAGAAAUUCCUUCCAACAGGAGCCUUCCUCUCUCAAUUAAGGUCCAGACUGCUCCCGUGGCCCCAACUUUAUCCCUGGAUCCUCAGCAGCAAGUCUAUAUAUCCGGGAACAGUGUCAAGCUCCUCUGCUCCAUCCCCUCAUCUCCAGAUAACGUUAGGGAAGUCCAGUACUAUGCAGACUUUGGAUUUGCAGUCUCCAUCCCAGUAUCAAAUGUGAAAAACUACAGCUACGAUCUCAAAAUCACAGGAGAGGAUGUCUCUGGGUCUUACAGUUGUGCCUACUUUGUAAUGAAGUCUAUGCGUCCUGUUCGAUCCGAAAGGAGCCGCUGGAUCAAUGUUAAUGUGAAAAGCUAUAAAAUCGGCUGGAUUCGAGAGAUCAUUGUUGGGGGUUCAUUCUUUACCAUCAAUGGCCUCAUCUUUUUCUUCUCCCACUGCCUGAUGAAGAGAACAGGGGUCCAACACUGAAGAGAAGCCAUUUCUGAUGCUGCUGCUUCCCUCAUUUGUGGAUCUGGAAGAGGGAUUCUGAAGGAGAAGGAGAAGGAGAAGGAGAAGAAGGAGAAUUCCCUAAAGGUUCUGCUCUAUUAGCUAAGGCAAUCUACUCCCUCGGGCCCCACCUGAUUCCUCAUUGUCUGCCUCAGAGUCCCCAAGAGGCAGAAGUGGUGCAUGUUCAGCUGGCAAUUGUUUUGACUUACCCAUUCCUCACCUUCCAACCCACCUUGGGUCUAUUCAAAUAAAGCUGGAUGUUGUGUCUGA